AUGUCUCACAGUCUCUGGGAAGAGGAGAAGAGCGCUACACCUAAAGCCCCGUUCUCAAAAGGGAAGUUUGCGGACCUCCCAACUGUUGCGCAACCUUUCGUCGCACAUUGGGCUAAUGUUUGUGCUCCAAAGGACAUCUUCAUUUGCGAUGGUAGUAAAGCUGAAGCCGACAAAAUCACUGAAGAUCUCCUUAAAAAUGGGGUACUUCGCAAACUAACUGCCUAUGAAAACAAUUACCUUUGCUGCACUGAUCCCAAGGAUGUUGCUCGUGUUGAGGCAAAGACUUUCAUAUGCACUCCAGAUAGAUAUAAAACGGUUCCGCAUGUUGCUGAAGGUGUUAAAGGUAUCCUUGGUCAAUGGAUUUCUCCAAAGGAUCUUGAUACUGCCGUCAGGGAUCGUUUUCCUGGCUGCAUGAAUGACCGUACUCUGUACGUCAUCCCCUUCUCCAUGGGCCCAAUCGGAUCCCCCUUAGCCAAAUACGGCAUCCAAAUCACUGAUUCUCGAUACGUUGUUCUCUGCAUGCGCAUCAUGACGCGUAUGUCGCCUAAAGUCCUUGAUUACAUCAAGCAGCAGAAUGAUUUCGUCCGCUGUCUUCACUCCAUCGGUUUGCCUCGUCCUCAUGAAGGUGUUAAAGUGAUCAAUAAUUGGCCUUGCAACCCUGAAAAAACAAUCAUCUCUCACAUUCCUGACGAUCGCCUGAUCAUGAGCUUCGGCUCGGGAUAUGGUGGGAACUCUCUUUUGGGGAAAAAGUGCUUCGCUUUGCGCAUUGCCAGUCGCAUUGCUUACGAUGAGGGCUGGAUGGCUGAGCACAUGCUUAUCAUGUCUGUUACCAAUCCUAAAGGUGAAGAGAAGUUUGUGUGCGCCGCUUUCCCCAGUGCUUGCGGUAAAACCAACAUGGCCAUGCUCACUCCUAGCCUCCCUGGUUGGAAGAUUAUGUGUGUUGGUGAUGAUAUUGCAUGGAUGCGGUUCAAUGACAAGGGUGAACUAAGAGCGAUCAAUCCGGAGUCUGGUUUCUUCGGUGUAGCUCCAGGAACCAACCACAAGACCAAUCCCAAUGCUCUUGAGUGCUGCAUGAAGAACUCAGUGCUCACUAAUGUGGCUGAAACUGAAGAUGGUCGAUUCUUCUGGGAGGGUCUAGAGGCUGAAUACAAACCCGAGACUAAGCUCACGACAUGGCUAGGUGAAAAAACCACAGUUGGUGCAAAGACUGCUUCUCCCAAAGCCCACCCAAAUUCUCGUUUCUGCUGCCCGGCGUCUCAGUGUCCCAUCAUUCAUCCCAAGUGGGAGGAUCCGGCCGGUGUACCCGUCUCCGUUUUCAUGUUUGGUGGCCGUAGACCCGAGGGCAUUCCUCUUGUCUAUGAAGCCCGUACUUGGAAGCACGGUGUAAUGAUUGGUGCUCAGGUUAAGUCCGAGGCUACUGCUGCUGCAGAAUUUAAGGGUCGCCAGGUCAUGCAUGAUCCCAUGGCCAUGCGUCCGUUUAUGGGAUACAACUUUGGCAAGUACCUUGAGCACUGGUUGUCAAUGGAGAAGCCUGGUCGUCAUAUGCCUCGCAUCUUCCACGUCAACUGGUUCCGUCUGGACAGCAAUGGGCGUUUUGUUUGGCCCGGAUUCGGUAAUAAUAUUCGUGUGAUUGAAUGGGCUCUUCGUCGUGUUGCGGGUGAGGAUAUCGCCGUGGACUCGCCCAUCGGUCUGCUGCCAAAGAAGGGUUCGAUCAACAUGGAGGGUCUGGAUUGCGAUUGGGAUUCUAUAUUUGGCCUUGAUAAGAAGUACCUCCUGGAGGACAUUGAGGAAACCACCAAGUUCCUUGAUGAUCAAGUGGGUGUGGAUCUGCCGAAAGCCGUAAGGGAGGAAUUGGAGGAGCAACGCAAACGCAUCCAGGCCAUGUAA